CGCCGGCGCAUAGAGAUGACGUAUCGAGAGCCGCUGCCCCUUCCAGCCCUCAGCCCCGCCCAAAGUGCAGGCAGUUGGAUGAUGUCAUCAGCCCCGCCUUACGGGCUAGAAACGUUAGCGGAGACCAUAUCACCUGUGUCUGCCCGUGGGCUAAGGGCACGUGGCUGCGGGGAGCCAAUGAGCGUGCGUCAGGAGGAAGUUGGACCCACAAUGGUUGGAGAUGAACAUUCUGAUCAACAUCUGAUGGACUACCUGGGUGCCAUUAAAAGGAAUGUGCUGGGGAACCAUUUCUGGGAGUACUACGUGAAUGAUGCACCCCGUAUCGUGUUGGACAAGCUGGAGAAAUAUGGCUACCGAGUGGUCAGCAUGACAGGGGUGGGCCAGACCCUGGUUUGGUGUCUCCACAAGGAGUAGCAUGGAAGACUGUAGUGUUCCACCUGACAAGACAUUGCUGUGGAUCAUCUAGCACAGGACUGGCAUUGAGCUUCCCCAUUAAUUAAUCCAUUUUUGUCCCAGUUUCCAGGCACACUCAAGGGAAGUGCUGUAUAGUCAAAAGUUCACAUAAUGGAAAACUACCAUCAAUGCCAUUAGAUGAGCUCUAAGGGGAGGCAGAGGUGCCCACUCAAUUCUAAGGGUAAAUCAAGCAUGAAUCCUUUGGAGAUUGGAUGGCUCCUCCUAAGUAUUUGUCUGAAUGGCAGUCUGGGAAAUGCCAGAACUUUAAGUGUUAAUCUUGCCCAUUCAGUAAGUGAGUGAAGUCAAGCACUAGCCUGGUUUUGCCCCUGGAGAAGUUAAUCACUGAUCUUUUUGCUCAUGAAGCCACCAUUUAAAUGCAGCCCCUGCUCAGUCCUCAGAGUAGGUCAAGUAUAGAUUACUUGUUGCAAUCUCCCUUGAAAGGUAAGAAUAGGCUGCCAGACACUGACCCGGUCCUUGCUAUUUGAACAAGCUCCCCUUAGCAUUGAGAACAGUUUGAACAUUGACUCUCAAGUGGGAUUAUGGUUGGCGUGAGCAGACAUUGUCCUGGUCAGCCCUGAGACUGCCAUUCCAGUGUAUAACAUGGUCUUUGAAAUAUCUUUAGAGAAUUACAUCACUGGAGAAAGGUCCUGUGAAUAUUUCAGGUAUUGGCUGUGUAAUCUCACCAACUGCAUAUAAUUCCUGGAUUGAUUUGUACUGAUCAGUUCCUACUGUAGCUGAUAAGUAAUAAAGAAUUAAUAUAAAGAGACUGUGUGAUUUCCGUCCAUGGGCUACUUUCUGCAGCAGUCAGAUGUUUUGACUGGAGAAGCUAUAUGAAAAACUUCUGCUCCUGUGUAAAAAAUUCAAGACCUAAUCCUGACAGAUGUUGAGCAGCUACCACUCUUAAAUCUGUGGGAGCUGCAUUUUGUUAGCACCGCUCAGAAAAAGGUCCUCAGUUACAGGGCAGCUACUGUUUUCAAGUCUAGAUUAGGUGACAGCCAUCUCUCCCUUCCAUCAAAAGACUGUGUGGAUGCUGAGUGUUAGCCCUGUCCACUUUCCAAGAAAAUAUUCCCGCAAGGUUUUUAAAAAAGGAGGUUUAUUGACUUAAUUUAAGAAAACAAGUUUUUAGCUGAAAGACAGGGGAGAGAAUACGUAUUCCACCAUGCUAUGUAUGUGACUCUUCCUCGUCUUCCCGUUUGAGCUGCUCAAUCAGCUGCUGUCGCUCAGCCGCUUGGCGCAUCCGCAUCAUAACCAAACUUUCAUAAUCCCGCUCCGA